UUCUGGUCUGUGACGGUUGUUGACUUUUCGUUUGCGUAAAAAUGUUAUAAUAAUAUUCUAAAUGUUUAAAAAUGAACUGAAUAAAUAUAUUCAUCCGUUUUUAUCGUAAAAGGGAGUCAUUAUGGAAAAUACUGCAUCUCCUGUAACUGAAGAUUUCUUGAAAAAUGGUGAAAUUGAAUGGCAACCUCUUUCUCUUACUUUGGUCGAAUAUCCAAAGGGCGAUUUGUUAGGCAAAUUUUUUGCCUUUACAAGUUUAGCUCCAUUUGGAAUUGGUGCUGGCUUUGUAACACUAAUUUUAUUUCGAAGAGACUUACACACUAUAGCUUUCUUCAUUGGAACACUUAUUAAUGAAGUGUUGAACAUAAUAUUGAAACACAUAAUCUGUGAGUCGCGGCCGCUAGUUCGGGGCCACUUGUAUAAUGAAUAUGGAAUGCCAUCAUCGCAUGCUCAAUUUGUUUGGUUUUUUAGCAUUUAUGUACUUUAUUUCUUUAUUAUAAGGUUGCAUCACAUAAAUAAUAACAGCAUUAUAUCCGCACUAUGGAGAGUUAUUAUAGUAGGUAGCUGUUUUACUCUUGCUUUAAUUGUAUGUGUGGGCAGAGUAUAUCUUCACUACCACACAACAGCGCAAGUAGUUGUUGGUAGUAUUGUUGGAUUUAUAUUUGCCACAGUGUGGUUUACGGUGGUACAUAGGAUAUUAACGCCGUUUUUCCCUCAACUGGUAUCCCUUAAACUCUGUGAAAUGCUUAUGAUAAGGGACACAACACUCAUCCCUAAUGUGUUAUGGUUCGAGUACACUACGUCGCGGCAGGAGGCGCGCACGCGGGGCCGCAAGAUGGCCGCCCUCAAGCCGACCCAAUGACGGUACGCCUGCGCGCGCGCGUCGUGCGCCGGCGGCAACGCGCGGCUGCGCGCGUGACGCUUCCUGGCCGCGGGGGUCAUCGCGCUACUUGGCGGCUUCGUUAUAUCUAGACUAGAGACACGCUCAAUACUGACAUAUUGACACACAUUUGUUUUAAGUUUCACUAUCUUGUUAUGGUUGUUAUUACUUAUUAUUUUUCUUACGUUUCAUUCUAUACAGUGUAUUCCGCUUAUAAGAAAUCAAGGCAAAUGACAAUCGUGCGUUACUUAAUUCAUAAGUGCGUGUUCACGUCAAAAAUAUUGAUGCCGUUUGGCACCAGAGUGUGUAAAUUUUUGUUGACGUGAACCGGCACUUGAAAUUGUUGAUUUGAAUAAAAAUAGGUAGGUAUUAGUAAUAAUAAGUGUUAUAUAAGAAUAAUAUCCGCUGAGAUGUGCCCAUUUUGCGGCUAUGUAUUGUUAUAAUCACAGAAGUGGCAAGGUAAUAUUUUUAUCUAACUUUGGAGGUGACAUUUGUGUCUUGCGUCUCGUCUCCGCCACCCGUCACUUCUGUAUCUGCACCAUAUGUUGUAAACAGUUUUUCAAGUAAUUUUAAAUGGAAUAAUACCCUUGUUCUUGUGAAUUGUAACGAAUAUCCUUCGAAAAUGUCGUUGUGCUUUUACUUAGUUAAACAAAUACAUAUUUGUAAAUUAUUAUAAUAUACAAUUGAUAAUUAAUAUUGAUAUAAAUACAAUUUCGCAACAUGUAUGUUUAUGUAUAGAGUAUUUUAUAGACUAUUGAGUAUUUUAGAAGCUAGAAUCAUUUCAAUGUUUUGUUGGUCAGCUUAGAUACUAUUUUUUUUAUUAUAAAAGUACACAUAAGCAAAAUACAUAUAUUACAUAAUGUAUGCUACGAUAUACUAUAUGUCAGCCAAUACGUUAGAGUCUAGACAGCAUAAUAUGCUUCCGUUAUAAUUAAUAAAUGAAAUUUAAUAAUAUGAUAUUAUACAUAAUAUGUAAACAGAUAAGAAACAUAGGUAACGUGUAAUGAUAACGAAUAUGUGAGUAUGUAUACGAAUACGUUGGAUGAUAGACUUGUAAUAAUUCGUCUAAUUUAUAUUAUAUGUAGUUUGAUAUUCGGCGACUACAAAAAUAUUUAGAAACAUAGUAUUAGGCUACGAUGUUUCUAAGUUUUUUUGAUAAUAACAAAAUAUUAUACCUUAUUAAUAAUAAUCAACACUAAAUAGAGAACUUCUUCUUUAAAUUGAAGUCUGUUAAAAAGUUUUCAAAAACUGAAAAAAGUUGGAGAGAAAAGUUUUCAAAAUGAUUGUGCUUUAUAAGUCAAUUAAAAUAAUUUAAAUGCUCUCAGAUAGGUACAGACAAAAAAUGCUGGAGAUGGUUCGCCGAAUAUUUGAUUAGGUAUAUUAGCCGAAUAAGUAUUACGAGACUAUUGAGUCCAAAUAUUUGAAAUAAGUUUAAUGUUCGUUUGAAUUAACUUAUACCUAAUUUUUUAGUCUUUGUCUUCCUAUGAUUGCAUAAUAAGUUAUCACAACGGUCAGAGUAUGUCCUCUAAUUAAAAAUAAUUUCUCUAUUCAAUUUAUAUUGUGAUAGGAUUGACUCUAAUACUUUAUCAUGGUCAAAAAAUAUUGCUUUAGUCAAAGUAAAAAUAAAAAGCGCAUUAUUAAUAUGAUUAAAGUAAAAUUAAUAGGUAAUCCCAGUCCACUUUAUAAAAAAAUGUUUGUCAUAGUAAAAGUAGGUUAAUAUCUUGCUAUUGAAAUAACGAAUUGAGGCUAUUUAUAUGGCGUAUUACUAGAUUGAAUUCUGUAAUAUGAAAACAUUCUCCUAUCAAGCUUACCUUGUUCUAUGAAAUUUACAAUUCGAGGCAAUAAAAACAUAGGGAACAAUAGUUUUUAUACAAAAUAAUAUCUUUCAGAAAUUGUAUUUAUUUAAAAACUAAAUUAGAAAUAUAGAGUUACAAAGAUUGCAUAACUGCUACAAUAGUCUUUACUGGUAUAAAAUAUUAAUUGUUUAAAUGAUUGGAUAUUAAAUAAUAAUGAUAACGAAAUAGUUAUUUUUACCAACUCCUAUUGUAAAUACGUCAUUUUGGCUGCAAAAGUUUUAACAUAAAUAAAAUAGGUAUAUUGUGUUAUUCGAUUAAUCCGGUUCGAUUAUUCGAUUCAUUAAUUGAAAUAAUAUUUAUUCAUAAUAAAAAAUAACUGUUUUAAUUAAAUUAAAGAAUUUAAUAAAAUUUCAUAUUGUAUUAGGUUGAAUUACUUUGUUCUAAUUGGCAGCAUUGUUAUACAUGAAGCUUGGUUUUUUAUUGUUGUUGCAGUUUAUAAACUAAUCUGUAAAAUAGGUGUAGUUAUAAAGACAGCCACAUAAUGUUAGAAAUUCAGAAAAAAAUAUGCUCAUACAUUUUGUACUAGAUCCUGCAGAAUUUUGACUGUUUGGACAUCAAUUUCUGAUGCUCGCAGAGUGAGUGCGACAAAAGAGUUUUCUCGCAGACGAUUUCUUGUAAUAAGCGGCGCAAAGCAGACGCGGGCGUAGAUCAUUCAUUAUAUACCUACUGUGUGAACAAGCGCACGCUUUAAAUCAAUACGUUGCGUUAGUGUCUGUCGAAAUCAUACACUGAAAUAGUCGUGCACAGGCAGGCAUAUUCGGAAUAGCGUUUUUCAUUAA